ACCUUUCUUCUAUUGAAAAACGAAUAAAGAUUUUAAAAAAAAUAAUAAUAAUUCUGAUGUGUAUAUAUAUAGUAGUGUGUUGUAAUCUUGAGACGUACACCUUAGAGCAAGAAUCGGAAUAGAAAAAAAGUGAAAAGCAGAGAGAGAAAUCAUGAGUUACAGAAACCAGGCUUGUACCCUUGAGUUUGAUGGUGCAUGCAGUGGAAAUCCUGGACCAGCUGGUGCAGGAGCUAUACUUCGCCCGGAAAUUGGGAGCCGGGUCUUUCGAUACCGUGAAGGAUUGGGCAAUCAAACAAGUAAUGGUGCUGAGUACCGCGCCUUAAUUUUAGGCUUGAGACAAGCCAUCAGGAAAGGAUUUACGCGCAUUUCUGUCCAAGGAGAUUCCCUUGUUGUUUGCAAUCAGCUUUUGGGUUUAUGGAGGACCAACGACCCAAAUUUGAAGAACUUAUGCGAUGAGGCUUUGCAGCUGAAGACUUACUUUCACUCAUUCUACAUCAAACACAUUCCGAGGGAAUAUAACAUUGAAGCUCAUGCUCAAGCUCACCGGGCCAUUAAUCUUCGUGAUGGUCAAGUUGAAGAAGAUUGUGGGUAUUGAUGACCAUCUGACAGCAUGCCACUGUCAAAAGCUAUUGGCAACUAUGUUACUUUUCUUGUUAUGCCGGAUUUUUACAUGUUACCCUUCAUGUCAAAAGGUUAAGUGCUGUUUGCUAUUUUGUCAAUCUGAACAUUCCACACCAUGUAGAUUCCCAUAUACCUUAGGGACUUAAAAAUUGCUACUGUGAACUGUGAUGUUUGGGAUGUAAUGCAUGUUUCUGAAUCUGUUUUCUACCUUCAUUUGCUUGUUUUGAUUUUAAAAACUCUUGCGUAACAUGAUGACCAACACGAUGAAAAGUGUUUAAUGUCAUAA